UUGAAAUUUUCAAUCUUCACCUCUAUACACCGAGUCGUGAGUCAACAGGCCACGAAUCAACAUUAACGUAUACAAUCUAGUUAACGCGUAGUAAAUAUGUUAGUUCAAGCAGGAAAACUAUUAAAAUGCAUCAAGGUCUCGUCAGCUUGUCUGGCGAAUCUUGCAGAAUCACUAUGCUUUCCUCCCCAGUAUAAAAUCAUAAUUCACGAGUCGAAAGUUCCAGACCGUUAAAACUUACAAGGGGCUACUCAGUAUCGCCCCAAUUACCAUUAUUUGUAAACCCAAGGGAACCCAACACAGGGUCCAACCAAAUGGCGCCCCUGAAAAUCCUUAUAUGCGGCGGCGGCAUAGCGGGGCCGGCCUUGGCCUUCUGGCUCACCCGCAGCGGCGCCGGACACCGCAUCACCAUCGUCGAGCGAUUCCCCUCUCUCCGGGACAAAGGUGCACAAAUCGAUCUUCGGGCUCAAGGUAUCGAAGUCGUAAAACGCAUGGGUCUUAUAGAUGAGAUACGCGCGCGUCUUGUAGACGAGGUGGGUGUUUCGUUUGUGGAUUCUAAGGGGAAGGUUAAGGGCACGGUGAUGGCGAAUAAAUCGGGAAAAGGUGCGCAGAGUCUAACGUCGGAAUAUGAGAUCAUGAGAGGGGAUUUGGUUAGGCUGCUUUAUGAUGCGACGAAGGAUGAUGUGGAGUAUGUUUUUGGGAAGAUGGUAGAGAGCUUUGAGCAAGAUGAAAAUGGAGUGCUAGCCCAUUUCUCGGAUGGCUCCAGUCAUACGUAUGAUGUGCUGGUCGGCGCUGAUGGUCAGGGAUCGCGGGCGCGAAGAGCGAUUUUACCACCGGGGGCGCCGGAUCCGUAUCGCAAGUUGGGCGUCCACAUUGCGUAUUGGUUUAUCCCGAGGACGGAGGACGAUAGUAAUAUUCGAAGAACUUAUCUUGCUCCCAAUGGGCGUAUGAUAUUCCGACGAAGUCAUAACCCGACCGAGACACAAGUUUAUUUCUUCCUUAGGGAUAGCUCACCGGAGUUAUCGAGCAUUCCGGGAGCAUCAGAGGAACAACAGAAGGAAUUCUGGAGCCAGAGGUUUCGCGACGCCGGAUGGCAGACAGACCGGUUUAUUGAAGGUAUGAAGGCGACAUCGAACUGGUAUUGCCAGGAAGUUGUCCAAGUCUGCACAGAUACAUGGUACAAGGGUCGCGUAGCACUUCUAGGCGAUGCAGCGCAUUGUCCGUCCCCUUUCUCCGGUAUGGGGACGACGGGCGCUCUCAUCGGAGCUUAUGUCCUAGCUGGCGAAAUCAGCCGCCAUGCCGACAAUCUCCCCCAAGCCCUCGCAAAUUACGAUAAGAAGUUCCGGCCAUUCGUGGAUGAGAUCCAGAGUGUGAAGCCAUUCCUUUUCAGGAUAAUGAUGCCCGACUCGUCAUGGGCUAUCUGGCUCAUUCAUUUCUUAGCUGGAUUACUCACUUUCCUUCGGAUACCCGAGCUCGUCGCGAGGUUCUCGAAGGAGGAGAAAGGCGGUUGGAAAUUACCAGACUACCCAGAGCUCAAGCCUGUCCAAUGAGCCUCUUCGGAGCUUACCUAUCUAGGAAAGGCGAGUCCUAGGUAGGUAUUUACGACGGGAAUACGGUUUGAAAUGAUCUCUGCUCAAUGCAUGUUGUAAGUUUCUCUACUCGAAACGUUCAGCUCUUGUCGCUGCUUACGUUCUGGCCGCUUUACGGAGAUGGAAUACGUAUAAGUCGCCAUCCGAUUGGCCUCGAUUUCAAUGAUGUGUGUAGUAGUUGCACUCAGGGAGGCCUCUACACCUAAUUUCUGAAAUCCACUUAGUGAUAUAUUAGCUUUAUAUACCCUAGUAUAAUUAGUAUCAUGUCUGAUGAGACCCUAACUCCCAAUUGAC